AUGGUGCUGCGACUUUUUAUCCCGCCCGGGGAAGGCCAACACGGGCUUGUUCCAAAACGACCAGAAGGCAUUGGCGCAAACGCAACGCCCCAGACUUGUCUUGUUUCUUCGACGCUGCUGGCCGCAGUGUAUACUUCGUUUGCCUCGACAUUCAACCAGCGAGUAGUCGGAGUAGCGCCUCAACAAGCAGCACAAACAUCUAGGCCCGCCCUGUUUGUACGGUCGUCGGCCAGACUGGGCCUCUGCGUCGGACUAGCUGGAGCGGCCGUGAACUGGUACUACUACUCGGCUUUUGCAAAUGUGGUUGUUGCCGACAAGGUGCAAGAGGCUAGCAGGUGGAGACUGUAUCAGCGGACCAAGGGGUACACGGUCGACGAUGGUGCUUUGGCCGGUGCCGCUAUCGGACUAUCGGCAUCGAUACCUAUGCUCCUGAUGCGCCGCCCUGCUAUACCGCGCUGGACGCGGUGCCUGGGCAUGGCGAAUAUCGGCGGCUGUACGGGUGUGGUGGGAUCCCAUGCCUACCUUCAGUAUACGGGUGAGCGACAAAAGGCGUACAGACUUCUUGAAGCACGACGGAAGCGCAGGUCGCUCGAGUUUUGGGCAAUCUUCUGGGACAAGGAGCUCAUGGCUAAAUUGAGUCCUAUAAUGCAGCAGUACGUGCGGCACAACGGCGUCUGGUAUACCCAGCUCUUGCCGGAUAAUGCCUUUGAACAAACAGAAGACGAUCUCGACUCUGUUGAUACUACCGCAACUGUUCAAACAACACAACAAGUCGCAAAUGUAGAAAUACAACAACAACCUGUAGAACAGACUCCAGACCCCCCCUUCUACCUCGAACCCGUCGACUACACAGCCGACCUCGCCCAAAUCAACGUCGAAACCACGCUUUCAAGAAUCCAAGAAAUGCAAGUAGAACGCCAAAUCCUCCUCGAAGAAGCUCACUACCUCCUCUCUUUAAAUGCCCACCAGCGCUACGAAUACUGUCACUUGCACGCCACACUAGAUGCCGACGACCGCCUACGACGCCUCCAGGAAAUUCAUCUCGUAGAUGUAGCUCACACCCGCCUGCGCAACGCGGCGGAUGCAUUGGAUAUGAAAAUCAUACACUGGCGCAUGUCGCUCCAACAUAAAGCCGCGUGGGAAAAUUCCCCCUCUUCUUCUUCUUCUUCUUCUUCUUCUUCUUCUUCUUCUUCUCUAGAGGCUGAAAGCUGGCUCCCCGAAUCGCAUCUAAUCGACUACGCCACGUACAGACCCAGCUUCUCCGUCCUGGAAAUCGAGAAAAUGGCACGCCAGAUUGAUGCGCAGGUGCAGCGGUUUCAGGAGGGCAGUGUGGAUCAGAGGUUUCCCCGAGAGAAGCGUGAGAGGUGGCGCAAGGAUGCAGAGGAUGGGAGAGUGUUGCUGCGGGCGGCGGAUCAUAUCUUGUUUCGUAUGGAGAAGGCGAGUAGUAGAGGUUCUGAUGGCGAGGGGGGUUUGCUGCAGAGUGGACGUGGGGAAGUCAUGGUAGCAGAAGAUGAUAAUGCUGCUGCUGCUGCUGCUACUCCUUCAGUCGAGGAACUUCAUCCUGCAAAUGAUCCACCCUCUUCGACCGAUGAUGGCUCAGCCGUAGACGAAAUGCGGCUAAGAAAAGACGUAGAACAGUCUCGAGCGGAUGCCAAAAAAGCAGUCAAGCCGCGGCGAGAUAGUCUGGAGCAGAACAACCCAUAA